AUGGUACCGACCUACGACAACACCACACGCGCCAGCGAGCUGGUGCCCAUUUACGCUCCUCACAUCGCGGGGAAGACUAUCCUCAUCACCGGCGUUUCUCCUGGGAGCCUUGGUGAAGCCUUCGUGAAGCAGGUGGCAGUCGCCAAGCCGUCGACUUUCAUCCUGGCAGGCCGCAGCCCAUCGAAGGCCCAACCCCUCAUCGACUUCCUCGCCUCAUCACACCCGGACAUCACCGUGAAGCCACUGACCUUGGACCUCACCUCCCUCGCCCAGGUCCGCGAGGCCGCGUCCCUCGUCAACUCCUGGCCAGACGUCCCCUACAUCGAUCUCCUGGUCAACAACGCCGGCAUCAUGGCCGGCCCAUACGUCCUCACCCAAGAGGGCUUCGAGUCGCAGUUCCAAACAAACUACCUCUCGCACUUCCUGCUAACCAACCUCCUCAUGCCCAAGAUCCUCGCUUCCCCGGACCCGCGCGUCGUGAACAUCGGCAGCGGCGCGCACCGCCUCGGGCACAUCCGCUGGACGGACCAUGCCUUCGACAACGGGGCCAACUACGACUGCUGGGCGGCAUACGGGCAGUCCAAGGCGGCCAUCAGCCUGUUCGCGGUCGCGCUGGCCGGCAAGCUCGGGGCGUCGCGGGGCCUGCAUGCGUUCAGUCUGUGCCCGGGCUUCGUGAACACGAACCUCCUCGCCGCGACGCACGGGGCGGACGACAUCCCCGCGCUGCUGGAGAGUUUGAGGCGGGUGGACGUGGUGAUGGGCACAAAGUAUCUCUGGGGCAUGGGCGGCAUCGCGCCCAAGGAUAUGGACCAGGGGGUCGCGACGCAUGUUUAUGCGGCCUUUGAUCAGGAGCUGAAGCAGGAGAGGAACGGGGAGUACCUCAACCACUGUCGCGUCGCGGAUCCGUAUGAGGAGGAGGUGUACUGCUGGGCGACGAGUAAGGUUGAUGCGGACAUGCUGUGGAGGUUGAGUGAGAAGCUUGUUGGGCAGGAGUUUGCGUAUUGA